AUGCAAUUCACCUCCUUCAAAGCUCUGGCUAUCUUUGCCACUUCCCUCUUUGCAUUCUCUGCAGCCGCUCGGCCCAGCUGUGAGACGGGAGCUACUUGGCCCGAUCACUCUGAUUGCCACAGCUUCUUCGAAUGCUCUGCUGGCGGAAUUCCUGCCCACAAGACUUGCGGCCCCGGAACAGCAUAUAACUCUAAGCUUGGGAUCUGUGAUUAUCAGGAGAAGGUUCCGUCCUGCCGCGACCAUGGUCCUGCGGGCCAUGACGAGUCGCCGGAGGGCCAUGCUCAGGAAGGGAAGGGUCACGGCCAUGACGAGUCGUCGGAGGGCCAUGGUCAGGAGGGGAAGGGUCACAGCAAUGGCCAGUCCUGGGGGGGUCAUGGUCAGGAAGGGAAGGGUCACGGCCAUGACGAGUCGCCAGAGGGCCAUGCUCAGGAAGGGAAGGGCCACGGCCAUGACGAGUCGUCGGAGGGCCAUGGUCAGGAGGGGAAGGGUCACGGCCAUGACGAGUCGCCUGAGGGCCAUGGCCAGGAGGCCAAGGGCCACGGCAAUGGCCAGCAGGAGCACGGUGAAGGAAGUCAUUAG